AUGUUGACUAUGCGACAUCCUUUCCGUUCGUUAAGCGCAAACAACCACCUAUCUACAGGGGGUGCAGGCUCCGUCCACGAAAUCACCAGCCAGAUCGUCUUCAAAAUCCCGAUCAUGUUUGAAGAUGAGAACCAGACCAAUCAUUCUAGGGCUUGGAUGAAAGAAAACAUCGAGAGACUUGAGAAGGAGAAACAAGUCUACAAGUUUCUGAAUCUACACCCACAUCCUCAUCUUCUGCAAAGCAUUCUCUGUACACCUGAAGGUAUCUUUAUGCCUAGGCUCGAAACAACUCUCGCAGCUCGCCUUUCUUCAGAAACUCCAAGUCUUGAGUUGCAAGAGCGUUGGAUACGACAGCUUGUCAGUGCGGCAGCAUGGCUUGAGAAGCUAGGUUAUGCUCACGGCGAUCUACGGCCGCACAACAUCCUUCUGGAUCGAUGGAGCAACAUUGUAGUUGCCGAUUUCGAUGGGACCGUUCCAAUUGGAGAAGAGUUGAAGCUUGCCACACUGCCUUUCUGCAAAGUCGACGAGGAGUUUGAGACUCUGCCAGCUGGUCCUGAGACUGAGCAGUUCUCACUAGGCUCGUGUAUUUACAACAUCCGCUUCGGCUUUGAACCUUUCUCCGAUCUCAAGCUCGAGUCUCCCGUGUGGCGUCUCAAGCUUGUACGAAAGGAGUUCCCACCUACAUCGAACGAUGUAUAUGGGCCAAUCAUUCAAGACUGCUGGCAUGGCGUUUUCCCUUCCAUCAGUGCUCUCGAGACCGAGAUUCUCAAGAUAUCGGAGCCGAGAUCGAAAGCGGAGCUUCUAUCGACAUCAACAAGAACGACGAUCCCCUACCUACGAUCGUGGUUUCUGCUUGCUCAAUGUCAAGAGUAUCUUGCGCAACAACGUCUUCGCUUGACAGGUAGUUUUGCCAGAAAGAUUCAACUGCGAUGCCAAUUGCUUCUAUGGUCGUUCGCCAGAUUUGGUUUGAGUGUCUUCUGUGGCGGAGAGUCAUCGACUGCUUGA